AUGUUCCAUCCAAACGUCUAUGCAAACGGCGAGCUGUGUCUCAACAUCCUCCAGAACCAAUGGUCGCCAACGUACGAUGUGGCCGCCAUUCUGAAAUACGUUCAACCUACAAAUGCAGAAGCUGCCAAUUUGUACAGGGACAACAUGAAGGACUACGUCAAGAAAGUUCAAGCAACUGUCAAGGCCAGCUGGAUCAACAGUCAAAGAUCAGCAAAUCGAGGCGGCGGCAGAUAA